AUGUCACCGUCGUCGCGUGAUAACCCUUGUGUAAAAUCUUCUUCAUGGAUGCAUUCGUUAACACAGACUAGGUUUAAGAAAUGUAACUUCAUUGAAUGGAAAGACGAUGAACACGAAGAAGGGUACUACAAAAAUCUUCUAUAUUCUUUGAAGCGGAAACUGGAUGCUAAAGAGGAUCUGUCUGAGAUGCACAAUUUGAGGACAAGGAUUGUUGGAGUGGAGUUCUUGCUGUCAUAG